AUGGUGCUAGGGGGCUUCGUGCUAGACGAGCAGGGCGAGGAGGAUCUGCUGCGCGAGGCGCUGCAGACCGUCCGUGACCAGGGCUUCCGUAUGCAGCGUGCCGCAGACGCAAACGACCAGCCAGCCGUGCUCAAACACGCGGCCGAGGUGCUUCGUGAGCUACGCACAAGUUUGCUGUCCCCAAAAAGCUAUUAUCAGCUCUAUAUGCAGGUGAUGGACGAACUGCGGCACUUCGAGAGCUACGUAGUGGCGCAGCAGCAGGCUGGUGCCUCCAUGCGAGUGCUCUACGAACGCGUCCAGAGCAGCGGCAACGUACUGCCGAGACUAUACUUGCUGGUGACAGUGGGCUCCGUGUACAUCAAGUCGCGAGAGGCUCCAGCUCGGGACGUACUGACAGAUUUAGUGGAGAUGACAAAAGGCGUGCAAUAUCCACUGCGAGGACUCUUUUUAAGGCACUAUUUGUCGCUCAGUGUCCGUGACAAACUCCCGGAUACGGGCUCUGUGUACGAGCAAUCAGGCGGGGGCACAGUCAGCGACGCUGUUAAUUUUCUGCUUCAAAAUUUACGAGAAACGAACCAACUUUGGAUUCGACUGCAACAUCAGAAAAUUGGAGGCUCUAGACCGCUGGCAGUGCGAGAAAAAGAGCGAAUGGAGUUGCGGUUGUUGGUCGGGACGAGUCUGGUGCGGCUGAGUCAGAUGGAGGGAGUCACACGCAGCGUCUACGCUGAGCAAGUGCUGCCUCGGCUACUGGAUGAUGUCGUGUUAGCCUGUAAAGACUGCAUGGCGCAGCAGUAUCUGAUGGACUGCAUUAUUCAGGUUUUCCCAGACGAAUUUCAUCUGCAGAACCUUGACAAGCUGCUGGAUGCACUAGGAAAACUACAGACAAAUGUCGACGUCGCGUCGGUCUUGACUGCACUUCUUGAACGCCUCACUAAAUAUCGAGAGGCUCAGAGGAGCGUCACUGACGCAGGACAUCAAGAAGUGGAGCUGAUGGAUACGACCACGAAGCUGUUGCUACGGUCAGCACGACACACUAGUGGCCAGUCUCCAAAUGAGAAUGGCAAUGCUGACGCUCACUUGCACUCUGUGCUGCCGUUUUUCGUGACGUUUGCUGCCUUCACGCUCACGUGGUUGGGUAGCAGUACCAAGAAGAGGAAUUCAGACACAACUGUGGCAUUACAGCAAGUAGUUUCGGGAUGUUUAACGUUUCUACGGGAGCGAACCGCGUGGCGUGUUGACAAGGACAAACAAAAGCGGCAGCUCGUGGUUUCACAGCUCGAAUCGCUUGCACUUACGCUACUCCGAGCGCUUUCCAUUCAGGACCUGAUGCACGUUCCGGCGCUGCGUGAAUUACUUGAACUGAUGCCGUGGCAAGGAGCGUGGAAGGACGUGGCGCUGGCUUGGAUCCGCGUUCUGCUCGCUCGACAUGAACGUGUUCACGACGAGAAGCAGAUGGACUUCUUACUUCAGAUACUGGCACCAUUGGUACGUGACGAUCCCAGCGAGCUGCAGUCGCCACCGCCAGCCACCACAACGGAAGCAGGGAAGAGUAAAGAGACGGAGACCUUUGAAGUUGAGCAGCAAACACUGGCCAAGGUCGUCCACCUCGUAACCAACGAUGACCUUGACGCUAAAUUUCGAGUGUUUUCCGUAGCGCGACGUGCUUUUCUACAGAGUGGGGUGUUCCGGAUUCGCUUCACUCUUGUGCCGUUGAUUAAUCAGUCGCUGGCGCUCGCUAGAGACCUAGCAGCGCAUUCAAAGGAGAAGAUUCAAACUCAAGGACAAGAGACCAAGGCGGAAUCGGAGAUUGCAACACCAACUGACAGCGCCAAGGCAUUUGUGACGACACCCCGCCAAGUUCUUCAAUUCGUACACGAAAUGGUGACAGCGUUGGCCUCCAAGCAAGAUGCGCUGUCCGUGUCGUGCGUCCAUUUGUUUCUGCAGUGUGCGCUGGUAGCCGAUGGCUGCGCCUUUGAAGCAGUUUCCUACGAGUUCAUCACGCAGGCUUUCAUAGUCUACGAAGACCAAAUCACAUUGGCGCGUGAGCAGUGGCGAGCUCUAGAGCUCAUGGUGGCUUCACUUCGAGCCACGCGAAAUCUCUCGAGUGCUAACUACGAGGUUCUUGCCACCAAGACCACGCAAUAUGCUGCUCGUCUGCUUAAGAAAAACGAACAGGCCUUGAUGGUGCUGAACUGCGCACACCUCUUUUGGCAUCCAUCGCAACAAGAUGGCAAGAGGGUCCGUGAAUGUCUCCAGAGAUCGCUUCGUAUUGCGGAUGCAAUGAAGGACACGACGUCGAACCAGGUUCCACUUUUCCUGGAGAUAUUGGAGACUUACUUGUACUUCUUUGAAGCCCAGACACCUGAAGUGACGCAUAAUUACCUUGCUGGACUGCUGGCAUUGGUCAAGGAUCACCUAGACAACAUGGAACAUGGACAAAUGCGCAGAGAAGGAGAGUUCCACUAUCGCGCCAUCGUGCGCUACAUGGACACAUUGGGCGUGUCUGAUGAUGCGCUGUCGAACUCAUCGUCGUCUUCGUCGCGGUAA